AUGACUGCGGAUGCACGUGAUUUGGCUGAGGACGUUGCUGACAUGACUGACGAUGUCCCUGAUCUGGCUGAGGAGGCACCUGAGAUGCGUGCAGACGUACAGGGUGCUGAUGGUGCUGAGGGGUCAGAUGUUGAUGGUGCUGAGGGGUCAGAUGUUGAUGAUGCUGAGGGAUUCCUUGGUGGGCUACGUGACCUUUCAGUGAUGACAUCAUUUGCGGACCAUGUUGCACACGCUGUUUGGAGUGGACAGGUGACAUUGAUUAGGAGGCCAGUGCCUGAGAUUGAAGGACUGGUUGCUGCCACAGGAUUAAGUCCACUGAUCGAUUGUUCAGUUGUUACUGGCGAUCCUGAACUGAUAUCCGCAUUUAUGGAGAGGUGGCACAUGGAGACCAGCACCUUCCACCUUCCGGUAGGAGAGUUGACGAUGACAUUGGAUGAUGUGUCGUCACUCCUUCAUUUGCCUAUCACUGGCGCGUUGCACAGUUUUCAUGCUCUUUCUACGGAGGAGGAGAGAUUUUUGCUGACAGAGUUGCUUGAGGUGUCUGCCGAGGAGGCUAGAGCCGAGACAACACUGACACGUGGGGCAUAUGUACGACUAGGAUGGGUUCGAGACAUUUAUGAGAUGAGAUGUCAGGCCCGAUGGUGGAUUGUAGUAGCUCGUGCUUAUCUGCUGCACCUGAGUGGUGGUUAUGCUUGGGGAGUUGCCACGCUGGUUCAUAUGUAUGACCAGUUAGAUGAGGCUUCUAGGACCACCACACAACAGCUUGCGGGGUACUUGACUCUAUUACAUUGUGUGACAGAUGAUACAUACCAGGAGACGUCCUCACGAGCUUCCCGGUGGUUGACAUCGAAGGCGCACAUGAAGGGAAUCACAAGAGCACCUUACAGGGCACAUUGUGAUGCUUUGACCGUCAUAGAUGUAUCCUGGUUGCCGUACACGGAGCAUCGGGGGGUUAGGACCUUUGAGUUGAUUUCAUCAUUCCAGGGUCAGCUGAAAUGGGGUCCUAUGGUGGUCACAGCUCGACCGGAGAGGGUGGUACGACAAUUUGGUUACAUCCAGAGCAUCCCUCCGCCGCCUGUUAAUGCUCGAUUGUCACACAAUGAUAUAGAUGGCAGGUGGAUGCAUUUUGCAGAGCACGCAGGUGAUCAGCCGAGAGAUGCACUAGCUGCAGACCCUGAGGAGUAUAUACAGCCGCCCAGCCCCCAGGUUCUAGUGGCAUUUGACCCCCUCCACAUGUGGUAA